AUGAGUUCUUCAUCUAUCUUGCGGAGCUUGACUCCUGCCGCAAAGUUCUCUCGAUCCUUUGCUCGGAGCACGAGACAUUUCAGUUCAACUCGACCUGCCGCACUUAUUUAUGGCACCCAACCUUUACGAGCGAAAGAAGCCGAGGGACCAAUCAGCCGACAAUACCCAGUCAUCGACCAUGAAUAUGAUGCGGUUGUCGUUGGUGCAGGUGGUGCAGGUCUAAGAGCAGCUUUUGGCCUGGCUGAAGCGGGCUUCAACACAGCCUGUAUAUCCAAACUAUUCCCUACUCGAAGCCACACGGUGGCGGCCCAGGGAGGAAUCAAUGCAGCGCUCGGAAAUAUGCACGAAGACGACUGGAGAUGGCACAUGUACGAUACUGUUAAGGGAUCCGAUUGGCUUGGAGACCAAGACGCCAUCCAUUAUAUGACUCGUGAAGCCCCUCGAUCCGUCAUUGAACUCGAAGGAUAUGGCUGCCCAUUUUCGCGAACCGAGGACGGACGGAUAUACCAAAGAGCAUUCGGUGGUCAAUCACAGAAGUACGGUAAAGGCGGGCAGGCAUACCGCUGCUGUGCUGCUGCCGACAGAACUGGCCACGCUCUCCUGCAUACACUAUACGGUCAAUCAUUAAAUUACAACACCAACUAUUUCAUCGAAUACUUCGCCUUGGAUUUGAUAAUGGAAGAUGGUGAAUGUCGAGGAGUCCUCGCCUACAACCAGGAAGAUGGCACCCUGCACAGAUUCCGCGCAAACAACACAGUCUUAGCAACUGGUGGUUAUGGUCGAGCCUAUUUCAGUUGUACAUCCGCCCAUACUUGCACGGGUGACGGCAUGGCUAUGGUUGCCCGUGCAGGACUACCCAACCAGGAUCUCGAAUUCGUCCAAUUCCACCCUACUGGUAUCUAUGGUGCUGGAUGUCUGAUCACCGAGGGUUCUCGAGGUGAGGGAGGUUAUCUAUUGAACUCGGAAGGUGAACGAUUCAUGGAACGAUAUGCACCAACUGCCAAGGAUUUGGCUUCUCGAGAUGUCGUCUCAAGAUCCAUGACCAUGGAAAUCCGAGAGGGGCGUGGUGUCGGUCCGGAUAAAGAUCACAUUUAUCUGCAACUGAGCCAUCUACCAGCAGAGGUGCUACACGAACGUCUUCCUGGUAUCUCCGAGACAGCAUCCAUCUUUUCUGGUGUCGAUGUUACGAAACAACCGAUCCCCGUUCUUCCGACUGUGCAUUACAACAUGGGUGGUAUCCCCACCAAAUAUACUGGUGAAGUUCUCCGCAUCAACGACCAAGGCGGUGACGAGGUUGUUCCUGGUCUAUUCGCAUGCGGCGAGGCUGCAUGUGUCAGUGUUCACGGUGCCAACAGACUUGGUGCCAAUUCUUUGUUGGAUCUGAUCGUCUUCGGGCGAGCCGUUUCGCAUACUAUCCGUGAUAAUUUCUCCCCUGGAGCACCUCUCAAAGAGCUUGCAUCAGAUGCGGGUGCAGAUUCGAUCAACGUUCUUGACAAGGUCCGAAAUGCGGACGGUCCCAAGAGCACCAACGAGAUUCGAGCCGCCAUGCAAAAGACCAUGCAAACUGAUGUCAGUGUUUUCCGAACUCAAGAAUCCCUGGAUGAGGGUGUCAGAAAGAUCAAUGAGGUCGAUCAGACAUUCGACCAAGUGGGUAUCAAAGACCGCAGCAUGAUCUGGAACUCCGACCUGGUGGAGACACUGGAACUUCGAAAUCUAUUGACUUGCGCAACACAAACGGCAGCAUCAGCAGCCAACCGCAAGGAGUCUCGUGGCGCUCAUGCCCGUGAAGAUUACCCUGAGCGUGAUGAUCAAAACUGGAUGAAGCACACACUGUCAUGGCAGAAAGCUCCCCAUGGAAAGGUUGAGCUCGGUUACCGAGCCGUGGUCGGCACCACUUUGGAUGAGAAUGAGUGCAAGGCUGUGCCUCCGUUCAAGAGAACAUAUUAG